AUGGAUCUGUUUGUUGACUGGGAAGACGAGAGAGAUGGCUUUUCAUUCGAAGAUAGCGACAGAUUUGAAGAUGAUUCGUUGUGUUCCUGGGCUAGUGAGCAAGACAGUCUGUGCAACAAUUGGAGGGGGUGGCGGAAGGCCAGUGCUCUGGGGUCCACCGGCAUUCCCAACAAUUCCAUUUUCGGAUACUUUAAUAACUCUCAGCUAAAUAAUGUAGGCAAUUCAUCCAAGACGUCAGAUGGCCAGCUGAUGUCACUUGCAGAACUGUCAGCAAAGGCAGUUGCAUACUACAUCCCUUUUGAAACAGUUGAAAAAUUUUAUCCACCCAUUCCAGAGCAACUCCAACUUAGGAUAGCUUUCUGGAGUUUUCCAGAAAAUGAAGAUGAUAUAAGGCUGUACUCGUGCUUGGCUAAUGGCAGUUCUGAGGAAUUUUCUCGUGGGGAAUCUCAUUAUAAGAACAAAUGUCUUUCUGGGGUCUUACAAAUAGGUUUCCACUUGAGUGGCACAGUAACGGCCAACAAUUUCAACAAGGGCUCUUACAAUGUGGCCAUCGUAUUCGACAGGAAACACAUAACUUCAUGCACCUGCACGUGCAGCAUUACUGCAACGUGGUGCUCACACGUGGUUGCUUUGUGUCUAUUUAGGAUUCAUCAGGCCAAUCAGGUGUGUCUGAGAGCUCCCGUCUCGGAAACAUUAUCCAGACUGCAGAGAGAUCAGCUGCAGAAAUUUGCUCAAUACUUGAUCAGUGAAUUACCACAACAGAUUUUGCCGACAGCCCAACGUUUGCUGGAUGAACUGUUAUCCUCUCAGAGGAAUGACAUCAACACAGUUUCUGGAGCUCCAGAUCCAACUGCUGGUCCGUCAGCCAGUGAGCAGACUACAUGGUGUCUGGAUGAAUAUGCAUUGCAUGAAAACAUCAAAAAAACUUUAGGAAAAUUUUGCCUCCCCUCUCCAUUGGUUUUAAGCGAUGUGAACUACCUGUCAAGCAGUGCCCCACCAGCUGCCUCUGAGUGGCAGUCCCUACUGAGACCCUUGAGGGGGCGUGAGCCAGAGGGAAUCUGGAAUCUGCUAUUGAUUAUUAGAGAGAUGUACAGAAGGAGGGAUGAGAAUGGUAUGCCCCUGUUGGAGAUUCUCACAGAGGAACUUAUUGACUGCGAUGUGGUGUUGACAUGGUGGUACAACAACAAAAUGCACAUUCACCACCACAACAACAAUCACCACCACGGUGCCAACCACAACAAUGGUGGUGGGGCAGGCAACAGAGCUCUACACAACAACAAUGGAGGUGGACAGGCCUGCAGUUCGGCUACCCAAUACGCUGCUGCCAGCGUCUGCGACGAGUUAGUCUCUCUCUGGAAGUGUUCUGCUUUGAAUCCACUACUGCCUGAUCAGGAGAGAGAAAGUUUGUACCACCAGUUGAAAUCCUAUCAUGCUCAGGUUCUGGAGAAGUUGCAUUGUCGCAACCGAGGACAACCUGCGUUUGCAAAGUCAGAGUUGGAAAUUUUUGUUGGGUUCAAGCCAGCAAUUGAAGUUUGUAAGCUGGAUUGGGAUGUGUUGAUGUCUGCUAGUUCCUGCCCAACGUGUUUUGAUACGGGCCAUGUUUCUUCUAAAAGCAUGGAUGCUAGCAACGGUGAUGUCGACAGCUGCAGAGGAACCAUCCACAAUAUCGUUGCUGACAAAUCACCAAACAGCAACAAUGUUCACAAAGCCAGCUGCUCAAAAACUAAAAACGCAAAGUUUAUUUCUCCAACAACGACCAAAUCAACAUGGCUCAAACCUCUGUCAAAAUUGCGAGAUAUUAGUUUGUCAUUCAAAGCCAUUCACUCUAGAAAAUUGAACAACAAUACUCUGUUGCUUGAUCCGAUGGUCAGCAACAACAGCAACAACAACACUUCAUCUAUCGAAAGCACAACCAACAACACCAACAAUAGGGUGAUUUCUUUUGGCAUGUCUGGUGCACUGUCCUUUUUAAAUAUGAACAACACUGGUCGCCACAACAACAAUGGAUUCAAUGGCAUGUUCAACAGUAAUCCACUGUCAAUUGUUGAUGGGGAUUUCGUCAUCGGAAACAUCAACCCGCCGAAGGUUUCUGAGUUUUCAGCUCCAUGCUACUUUGCAGAUGUGAGAAACAUCUUAGUUGUGCAAGAGGCUAAAUUUGCAAUAGCAGAAUCGCUGUAUGUGCACGGUUACAUCUCGAUAGCCAGUGGCGUAGCCCUGGAGCUUGCGGAGGAAAUGUUAGCAGCGAAGGAAAUAGUUGAAAAACAACAGCAGAUGAAUAAACAAAUUGGAACGAUAUCGUCGACGUCAUCGUCAUCGUCGUCGUCGUCAUUGCCUGGAGUGGCGAUUAGUGAUGCCAUUAAUAACUUGACCCUUAAAGACAAACGCAAGAAGAUUUCGUACAAUAGCUCAGCAUUUGUGCUGCUAUCAAAUGCAUCAUUCCUGUGCAACGUCCUGCUGGAAGAUCCAGAGAACCAUCACGUUGCAUUCAAGAUUGGUCUCUACGCUCUCGAGAUGCACAGACCACCUGCUGCUUCCAAACAGUUGGAGGUCAAACUAGCCCACCAAGAAUCGGAACUUGCCAUGCAUUUGAAGAAGAUCCAGUUGACGGAAAGGGAGCUGAUGAUCCUGAGAGAUAGGGCCCAGAAGUUGAAGGAUGGAAGGAUCAAGUCAAGAGGAGAUGCACUUCUGCCCAUCACUCUUGCGUCGUUCAUAUUUGAUUCUCUUUGUCUGUCUUCUUCUGGAACCAAGACAGCAUCAGCACCGACGUUGGGUGGGUCCGGUGCGAAACAGACGAGUUGUUUAGUCACACCAGCUGAUGAACUGUUAGGAUUUGAAGCUGCUGUUGUUGCACUUGGAUUGAAAGCCAAUGUAUCAGAGGCAGAGUACCCGCUGUUAUGUGAAGGGACAAGGAGGCAGAAGGGUGAACUUGCUGUGGCAAUGUUGGUGCGUUACAAGGACGACCCUUCCAAACUGGCCAGGAUAAUGGACAAGUUACUUGACAGGGAAAUACACCAGCUCUACAAAACACAACCAGCUUGGUACUCAUACCUCAAUGACUCGUCGUCGUCGUCAUCAUCAUCGUCAGCCUCGUCAUCAACAAAGACAUCAUCAUCGACAACGACAAAGUCAUCGUUGCCAUCGACGACACUCACAAAAAAAACAACAACAUCAGAAACAGCAACAACAGCUGAAAACAGUCGCAAAACAAAUGAAGAAGACGAUGAAGAUGAUGUAGAGGGUAGUAGCAAAUAUAAGGAAUGGGAGUUGAAGUUCAGGUGUACAAAUUUGAAAACCACCAACAAAAAACCCUCUGUCGGUCCUGAUAGUGAUAGCGGAAGUAGUUCACAGGAUAGUUCCUCGGACUCAAACAAUUCUGAUUCCGUUCGUGCUGGCGUUACGACUCUCAGGGAUUCAAAUAGGUACAAGGGCAAGCACAGGGUCAUGCCCUCCCUACCAAACCAGCCAAGUGAGGCACUUGCUCAUUUCAUGUUUGAACUGGCCAAAACUGUUCUUGUGAAAGCUGGUGGGAAUACUUCUACUUCACUUUUCACGCAGUAUGAAGUCGUACAGCUGGAUUUCAACAAUGAUAAUAAUAACAACAAUAAUAAUAGUAAUAAUAUCAUCAAUAACACUAGCAACAACAACAACGUUACCAAUACUAACAACAACAAUAAUAGUAAUAGUGGUAGUAGCACUGGUGGACCACACAGAGCAUUGCAUUUAUGUGCUUUCCAGAUUUUUCUUUAUGGCUUGGGAGUGUACAAUUGCGUGUCACCAAACUGGUUCUCUAGGACAUUUUCUUCUCAUGUUUCGUGGGUUUCUGGACAAGCGGGCGACAUAGGAACAGCUGCUAUAAAGAUCCUAAUACAGACCUGGGAGAAUCAUCUGACACCCCAGGAAACGGCUCUGAUUGCCGAUCGGGCCUCCAGGUGUAGGGACACCUCCCUGGUUGCUGCUGCAGCUGAACUUGCCCUCUCCUGCUUGCCCUACGCCUACAUGAUGAACACUAACGAAAUCUUCAUGGCUCUCAACCAGUGUGAGAUCCAGAGCUCGGAUAUGCUGCAGAGGGCCUGUCUGAGUAUUGAGAAGGCAGCCAAGGAUAGUGAUGUGCACUAUGAAAUCCUGUUUGGCGUCGCAAAAAAGUGGUAUGAUCUUUACAAGGGAGAGAUUGAAGGAGCAUCGUUCAACGUGAAACCAUCAUCAACCACACACAACAUCAAUGUCACUUCAACAUAUUCCAGCCAUACGUCAACAGCUGCAUCAGCAACAAGAAACUCAUGGGGUGGUUAUGUACAGCCGCAAAGCAUUGCUGGCACCAGAGACAAGACAACCACUCCACCCACCAGAAUGCAGUUUUUCCAUCAGCAGCACGCACAUCAGCAGCCUCCGCAGCUUCAACACUUGCCGGUAAUCAGCAUGACUCCUCAACAGCAGCAGCAACAGCAGCCACAACAGCAGAUAUACUUUCAGCCAGCUCCUCUUUCGAUGGCUCCACAAAUACAACCUGACCAACAACAUAUGCUACACUCCUACCAACCUCAACAUCAACAACAGCUGCAACAACAGCAGCCACAUUACCUUCCUCAGUCACCACAUUCACUUUUUAAUUAUCUGCAGUUGCAGCAACAACAAUUUCAAAAUCAUCCAUUCAUGGGCCACACAACUUACUACACCCACCAACAUCCUAUCAGGCAUCCGGCUCUUCACAACUAUCCCCCAAAUGUCACUCUCACCCCUAUUCAGCUGCCUCCAGUUGCUUAUCUGGGUCAACAGAAUCUAGGUCAAAUAAAUCAGCAACCGCAGCAGCUGAAUAACAAUCUCAAAAACAACAGCAAAAUCUGGAAUCCCCAAUUGUACGACUAUCAAAGAUAUUACAACAUACCAGAAUAUAUCCCAAUAACGAUGGCCUACCAGACGCAACAGCCGCCACCACCACUGUUACAACAACAACAACAACGUCUUCACGCACAGCAACAGCAACAGACUCCCAUGCUUAACAAUCCGUUACCCAGCAACACUAACCUAGCAUCGAAUGUGGACACCACUGGCGGCAUCCUGGCAAUGACUGGUCCGGCUGCUACGAAGGCCAGCUGCUACUUGCUAGCUGCUUACAGAGUUGGCAUGCUUGCUAUGGAAGCUGUUUCAAAGAGGAUUCACGAGGACCGACCGCAGGUGAAGUUUUCCAGAAAUCCAUCGUACGGCGAGGAUGUGAAGUGGUUGCUUGAAGUCACCAUGGAAAUGGGGCCCUCGUACAUACAGCACUUCAUAACUGCGGCUGCCUCCCUUAUGAGCCCCUUCAUCCUGUUCGACAUCAUCAUGGAGGUCACCAAAUAUCUGAAUAACAACAGUAGCGGCAGCAGCAGUUCCAACCAGUGGAGUGGUCAGCAGCAGCUGCAGAAUGUUCGGAUAUUCACCAAUGUCCUGCAGCAGAAGUGUCUGCAAGCGUUUUCCCAAUGUGCCCAAUCUCGCAUUCACCAUAUCUGCCCUCAGGACUUUGAUGAUUUCGCCAGCAUCAUCUGCAGCGCCAAGAAAGCUUUCUUGCUCUUCUCCGAUAAUGGACAGAGUCUGUUCAACGACUUGCUGUCAGGUCUCCGCAAGUCCAAGUCCUACAAGAAGGAACUCUGGCAGAGGAUCAUGGCUGCUGUUAACUCCAAUUCGCAAUAG